UAACAAUUGCCAAAAAUAAGAAAAGAUAAAAAAAUAUAUCGAGAUACGCCGCCAACAUUCCGGAGGAGGACGGUGUCUCGCUGCAGCAGAUCAAAGCGCACGCAGCCAGCCAGCCCCACUUCCCUCCUUCUACUUUGCCGAUGUUCCAUGCGCCCACACUUUUCCCAAUUCUUCGACACUCAUUUUCUCUCUCCUCCACUCUCAAACUGUGCUCUAAAGGGUUUUGAUUUUGGUGAUGAUAUAUGAAAGUUUGAUUGAUUGAUUGAUAGAGUGAGAUUUUUUUAAUUUAAUUUUGAUAAUUGAAGAUGGCUUAUAGGCGUAGUGUUUGUACUCGAGCUACCCUUUUAGCUAAACGAAUCAAUCCUAGUUUUAGCUACAUUUCCCAUGACCAUGAUAAAAACAAUGAUAAACAUGAAUCACCAUCGUCAAGGAGUAAAAUCGAUGAUUUUUUAGCCCAAAGGAGGUCUUUUGGGACUUAUACCAACAAUUCCAUGGCAACCCGUAGCUUAUUUCAACAUCAGAGGUCGUUUUUCCCUGGACAUGGAAAUGGGGGUAUUAGUUUUCGUAGAUAUAUGUCAACUUCGAUUGGUGAAGAUUCGGAGAAGGUUGGUUUUAUUAGUGAUGUUGCUGGGGUUAUUAGUGAUUCCACGGUGGAGGCGGUUGCUUCUCAGGCUCCUGUUCUGAGUGAAGUCGCGACUGCUGCUGCGGAUUCUGCUAUUCCAGUUGCUGCUUUGCAGUAUUUGAUUGACAGUGUUCACUCGUUUACUGGUUUAAAUUGGUGGGCUUCAAUAGCUCUUACGACUUUAAUGAUUCGUGGGAUGACUGUUCCGUUCCUGAUAAGUCAGCUCAAAGCCACCGCCAAGUUGACGCUUAUGAGGCCACGUCUUGAGGAAAUCAAGGCAGAGAUGGAAUCCUCGGGUAAUGUCAUGGAAGGGAAACAGAAGAUGAAUGUGAUAUUCAAAGAAUAUGGUGUUACACCAUUUACUCCGCUUAAGGGGCUUCUCAUUCAAGGUCCUGUCUUCAUCAGUUUUUUCUUAGCUAUAUCGAAUAUGGCAGAAAAGGUUCCAUCAUUUAAAAAUGGUGGAGCUUUUUGGUUUACUGAUCUGUCAAUUCCGGAUGCUAGGUAUAUCCUUCCUGUUUUGACAGCAAUGACUUUUCUGAUUACUGUGGAGUUCAAUAUGCAGGAAGGUAUGGAAGGUAAUCCUGUUGCUAGCACCAUGAAAAAGUUUUCAAGAGGGCUUGCAGUUCUUACUGUUCCAUUCACCAUGAACUUUCCACAGGCUAUAUUUUGUUAUUGGAUUACAUCUAAUAUCUUCUCAUUCACAUAUGGAGCUGUGCUUAAAAUUCCUGGUUUGAAAAAGGCCUUGGGAGUCCCUAAUAUACCGGUGCCACCCCCUGGCACCGCACAAAACACACCUGCCUUCUCCCUCUUAGAAGCGAUAAAAAAAGCAGCUGCAGCCUCUCGGCCAAAAAUUCCUGCUCCCGUAUCCUCAUCUGCUGAUCAAGCAAAACCUGUCGAUGGAAAAACAACAUCGUCAUCAUCAUCAACGUCAUCAUCUGCAGUUCUUAGUCAACGGCUUAAAAGUUUAGAGAGACAAGUGAAGCAGAAGAAGAAAAACAAGAAACGGUGAUUGUGUUCUUCGAUCUCUAAGUUCUACCAUCCUGAUUUUUGGUAUGGAAUUUUCAUCAACCUUUUGUCAUAGAAUAAGUGUAUCAUUAUUAUUAGAGAGGUUUACUCACUAGUUGCAAAUAGCGAUAUUUUUUCCCAAUACUGCUAGAAGUUAGGAUACGACAGGAUGUCUUAUUAACAAAUUUUGCAUAACAAUCAUAUUUCAUGAUGUAUUCUGUCUGUUGGGGAGGUUUUUACAGACAACAGGUGGAAGUAUCAGAGCAUGUUCUCUGGUUGUAAACGUGAGAAUAAUUUUUUGGAUCGAAUGAUUAAACGUUGCUACAUUUUCCC